UGUCUUGCGCAAUUCCAUGGCUUAAAGUGACUCACAGCCUUUGCCAAACCAAACAUGGGGAGAUUAUCAGUUCAUUGCGUUGUGUUAGCAAUUCUAUGUGCCUUAACAAGUGAAUAUGCUAGCAAUGCCGAUACCAACAUGUCAAAUUGUUCUCAAAACGACCUACAAGCUCUUACCGACUUCAAAAAUGGCCUUAAAGAUCCUAGAAACCGGCUGUCAUCAUGGCAAGGAAGCAACUGCUGUCAAUGGCAAGGAAUCAGUUGUGACAAUAGUACUGGAGCUGUUGUCACCAUUGACCUUCGUAGCCCAUAUCUAAUGGCUUUCGAUACUUCAAGCAGGUAUGCUUCUUGGAACUUAAGUGGGGAGCUUAGAUCUUCAUUAAUAAAACUCAAGUCCUUACAAUAUCUAGACUUGAGCAGCAACACAUUUAAUGAUAUUCUGAUUCCAGAAUUCUUGGGAUCAUUGGAAAAUCUGCGCUAUCUGAACCUAUCAAAAUCCGGGUUUAGUGGUGCUGUUCCUUCAAGUUUGGGGAAGCUAUCUAGACUGCAGUAUCUUGAUGUUUCCACUGAACUUUUUGGUUUAAGUGCUGAUAGUCUAGAAUGGGUGACUGGUCUUGUUUCUCUCAAGUAUCUUGCUAUGAAUAGUGUUGACCUUUCAUUGGUGGGCACUAAAUGGUCUGGGGUCUUAAACAAGCUUCCGAAUUUAACUGAGUUGCAUCUUCAAAGUUGUGGCCUUACUGGUCCCAUUCCAUUGAUUAAACCUGUUAAUUUGACUUCACUUGCUGUUCUAGACCUUAGUUUUAAUGACUUCAAUUCAAAGUUCCCUGACUGGCUUAUUAAUAGUAGUACUCUUGUUCAUGUGGAUUUAAGCAAUUGUAAGUUACAUGGAAGAAUACCACUAGGCUUUAAUGAGUUACCUAAUCUGCAGUACCUGAAUCUUGCCUUAAACAAUAAUCUUUCGGCAAGUUGCUCUCAGUUGCUCCACGGAAGCUGGAAAAAGAUACAGUUUCUCAACUUUGCUUCAAACAAAUUACAUGGCAAGCUUCCUUCUUCUGUUGGUACUUUGCCUGAAUUCCUUGAUGUAAUCGAUGGCUGUGUUUCUGAUAGUCCUCUGCCUAGUUUGAUGUACCUGAGAUUAAGCAAUAACCAUUUACGUGGCAAACUGCCUGAAUGGUUGGGUCAAGCGAACCUAACUAAAACUCCUUCAAAUCUCGUGUUCGAUGCAGCUAAACUGGAGAAUUCCGAAUAUUUGGUUGAGCUUACUAGCUGCUAUCCUGAUUUGGUUUAUGAAUUAGAUGAGAAUGGUAACAACAUAUUUUACAUUGCAGUUUUGCACCAUCAUGCCAAUAUAUUCAAUCCACUAUAUGAUAUAGGCUUGACUAUGGAAGUGGUGGCGAGUGGACCAUUGAAGAUUUUGAGUGCAAUAAUAUGUUGCAUUUAG